UGACUUGAGAGAACUAGGUGUAAUAAUGCUAGGGCAGGAGGUCCGUUGAAGAUGCGUUAGAGACGGUUACCAGCGCGCGACGACGUGCGAGGGCAUCCAGGUCGGCUCGCGUCAUCAGGCUUGUUCGGAGAAAUAAAAGGUUCUGGGAAGCAGGACUGCAUUUCGUUGCGUUCUUUUCUUUUCUUCUUUUUUGGGUUGUUUUUCGGGCUGAUGGGCCUUGCGAUCGCCCGAGGACGUUCUGACCUGCCUUUCGCUAUCUCCGUGAUCGAGGUUGACUGACCAAUAACCGCCGUUCGUGUGUAAUAGCCGCACGUCCAUCGACGCAGCGUCCCCGAGUCAUCUCGCCGUCUCUCGUGCCGAGCUGGCAACGAACAGACCUAAGGCGCUUUAGAACGUACUUCUUCACCCUCUAUCACUCCCGUAUCAUCCGCUCCUUUACCCUCCAUCCGCUUUCUUACCUUCCAUCUGCUCCCUUACCUUCCGUAGCUCCCUUACCGUCCGCCAUCACCCCCUCCAUCGUUCCCCAUCGCGGCCAUCGUGGCGCCCUCCGCCAUCACUCCUCUCCGACCGCUGGUCGCUCGCCUGCGCCCUUCCCGCUCGGUCCCGCCUCACCCCGCUGCCGUCACCGCUCUCCACCGACUCUCUUCACCCCGCCCUGUCCCCGCUGCUACCGCUGCUCCUCCUCCUCCUCCUCCUCCUCCUCCUCCUCCUCCUCCUGCUCCUGCUGCUGCUCCUCCUGCGGCCACCCAUGACGCUCCGCACACGCCGCCGUUUUCCUCCGUACCGGCGUUAGCGAGCCCUAUCUCUCACGCUCGCCGUUACCCGAACCCGCACUCCAUCCGCCGCCAUUCCCCCCUCCCCUCCUCCACCGUCGCGUCCCUGCCCCCCCUCCUUCCGCGCCGCGCCGUCCCGUGCUGCUCGCCCCUCUCGCCCCUCUCGCCCCUCUCCCCUGGCGCCCCGAGCGCACCGCCCCUCGUUAUAGAAGCCGGACGGCGGAGCCACAGCGGGCGGAGCAAUAGCAGUAGCUGGAGUAGCAGGGGUGUCAAUAACAGGGGGAAGAUUAGGGUUUCCGCAAGGGGGGGCCGGGUUGUUGCGCGGUGCUGUAGUGACGCGGUUGGGGGUCUAGUGUCGCCAGACGACGAGGACGACGACGAGUACGACUACGUGGACGACGUGGACGACGUGGACGACGCAGCAGUAGCAGCCAUGCCCAAAGUGCAGAAGCUUCACGAUGCGUGCCGAGCCGCCUUUCUCGGCUCGGAACUUCCCGAUGCACAAGGGCUGGAACGGGUCCGGACCAUUCUAGACGCCAUCCGCCCGGCGGACGUGGGGCUAGAGGCCAUGGCGGCGGGGGCGGAGGGCUCCCCGGGGAGAGCGGGGUCCGGGGCAAAAGGGGGAGGCGGGCGCGGGGGGAAAGGGGGAGCGCGGGGGCAGGAUAGCAGGAGACCAGGGCAGGGGGGGACGGGGGGGAAGCAGGCGCGGUGGUCCCCGCCCAUCACGUACCUGCACGUGUAUGAGUGUGACGACUUCUCGAUCGGCAUCUUCUGUCUACCGGCGUCGGCGUGCAUCCCCCUGCACAACCACCCGGGCAUGACAGUGCUGUCGAAGCUGCUGUACGGCUCCAUGCACAUCCGCUCCUUCGACUGGGUGCGCCCCAUGGACGACGCCGCCUCUGCCGCUGCGCUCGCCACUGCCACGGCCGCCGCCGCCUCCGCUGCUGCUGCUGCCGGUUCUGCUGCCGCGUCACCCGAUGUGCGCCUAGCGGAGCUAGUGGAGGACCAGGUGCUGACGGCGCCGUGUGCCACGGAGGUGCUGCACCCCACGUGCGGGGGCAACCUGCACGCCUUCACGGCCGUCACCGCGUGCGCGGUGCUGGACGUGCUCGCCCCGCCCUACAACGCCGACGCCGGCCGCCACUGCAGCUACUUCCACGAGCUCUCGUCACUCAGCACACUGCCAUUGCCGCCGGGCAUCAACGGGGGGCGGGGGAAUCCAUUCUGCUGGCUGGAGGAGUUCCAACCGUCCGACGACUUUGUCGUGCAACGGGGGCAGUACCGCGGACCCAAGGUCAUAGAGCGCAGAAAGCCCGUGCACUCGCCCUCUUCCACCGCUGUCGCCAAGGCCCCUCGCACCUCCUUCCGCUCCUCCUCCAUCCCCGCCGCCCCUCCUCCCUCCGCUGCCCCGCUGCCUCAACCUGGAGUUGAUAGCGUGUCGUCUAUAGAGGCGGGCCGGUGACAGUGUUGCUGUGUGCACUCGAUAGAAUCUGAGAGGAUUUCAACGGUAGAUAGUGCUUCGUUGAGAGAGAGGCUGUGGGAGGGGCUCAUGAAGGGUGAGUGGGAAGUGUGGCUCACGUGGAUGUUCCCUCACAGCUUGUUCCUUGCUUGCCAGGUGCAGCUGCAACAGCAGCAGUAGCAGCAGCAGCUGUGAGUGGGUGAGUGAAGCGUCGUUGUAGCAGCAUUUCGUUGCAGCAGGCAUGGGAGAUGGAGGAGAUGGAGAUGGGGAUAGCUGUGGAGAAGCAGAGCAUCUGCUGCCUGCCAUGCGAUGCCUGUGGUGGUGCCAUGUGGGGUAGGUGAAUGGAGCUGAAGGGCAGAACUCGUUACGGCAAUCGCCAGCAGCAUCAGCAGUGGCAGCAGCAGCAGUAGCAGCGGCGGCAAGGAUGCACGCAGUGAAAAGGAAGAAGCGCAAGCACUUGCAGCAGGCAGGCACAUGUGAUGCGAGGCUAACCCAGCAGGUUCAUCUGUUAGCCAUAUCUUUGCCCUGUUGAUGCUGCCGGGUGGCCCAGUAACCCGUUACAGCACGUGCCGUGAGUCCGAAGAGAAGAAAAAUGGCGAGGGAUGGAGGGAUGGAGGGAUGUUGGUGAAAUGCAUUGAUGAAGUUGAUUGAUGAAGAAGUCAGUCACUCGGUCAAUUGGCUCACUGAUUCACUGACACUCUAGUUACCUACCUUACCAGUAUCGGUGCCACUAUGCUACGGUAUUGGUUUCUGCUCUGUCCUUGUCCUUGCUGCUCGAUUUCCUGCUACGAACCUUGUCUCGUUGCAUGCCUUUUAGUGCCUUCGCCUAU